AACAGGAUCUGUACAUGAUUUAAAAACUCCAUACACAGAUCCUCAUACAGUACCUUCUACAACAUUAUCUUCUUCCAAUUCAUUGGCAACACAAUCAGAAUCUGUCCCUCAGUUAAUUUCUCCCUACAUAGAUGCCCAUAAAUUGCCUUCUACAACAGUACCUUCCUCUACGACAGUGGCAACAGAAUCAGAGUUUUUGCCUCAAUUGAUUGCUCAACAAAUAGAGCCCCAUUUAUUGAAUACUACGACUACACCAUCCUCCAUGUCAAUGGCAACAGUAUCAGAGCCUGUCCCUCAGUUAAUUUCCCCAAACGCAGAUCCUCAUACAUUACCUUCCACAGCAUUAUCUUCUUCCAAGUCAUUGGCAACAGAAUUUAGGUCUGUACCUCAGUUAACUGCCCCAUGCACACAGCCCCGAACACUGCCUUCCACAGCAUUACCUUCUUCCACAUCACUGGCAACACAAUCAGAGUCUGUGCCUCAAUCACCCAUGCCACUGCCUGUUCCACCAUCUUUUGACCAGGUGGGUCAACAAUAUCAAAAACAGCAGCCAAUUACUCAAACAAGUGUUGCUGUAGCUCCUCCACCAAUGGCUUCUGCUAAUCAACAUUGGGUCACUAAGAAGAACUUGUGUUCUCAUGAGGUACAACCAGUGCCUUCCAGGUCAGCAUCUAUGCUGUGUCCACCUCUUGAUCCCCAACCAUUGGAUCCAGCUGUGUCUAAUGGAAGAUCUCAACCAACCUACACCAUGGAGUCACAAACAGUGCCUCUUCUUACUGUGCCUUUACCUGCAUCCCAUAUUUUGCCUCCAAGCAACAAUGAUUAUUCAGCAAUGCAGGAUCAACAUGUAGCACAAACAGAAUUCAUGCCUUCCCAAACUUCAUGCCUUCCAGCAGACCCAGUGCUUGGACAGAAACCUCCUCCACCUCCCAAUGCAAAUCCCUAUGCCAUGGGAGAGAAAAUGGCUCACUCAAAGCAGCAAAUGCCACCCAAACCCCUGAUACCUAGGCUAUUUGUUCCUCAGAGUCUACCUCCAGAGCCCCAGCCUAAAAAGGAAACUGGAGGUGGGUGGUUUAGCUGGCUUUUUGGCAAAAAGAAGGAAGUUAACUUACCUGCAGAUACGGGCAAAUCACUUGUUUGGGAUGAAGACCUUCAAAGACGGGUUGAUCCAAAUGAAGAAAAGAAGAAGAAUAAAUCUGCAUUAGAACAUUCUGAAGGAGUUACAAAGGCAGCUACUGCAAGUUCAGGAGAUUUUGGGGGGCCCACAGCAGGGCUGUUGAAUACUAUGCCUGCUUUGAGACCAGGGCCUAAGAGAGGAUAUAUGGCACCACUUAAUCCAGUCUUAAUGAGCAACAAUCCAGGUAUUCAGCUUUAUGCCUCGACAGGCAUAAGCAGCAGUGAGGCACAAAUGGUCAGGCCAGCCAACACAUAUCUAAUGGAUCACGCUGUUUCUGGACAGUCUGGACACAAUAGAUGGACCCAGAACUCACAACCUGCCAUGCAUUCUCAAACACCUGAAGAUAUUCUCCAAGAGAUAAUGUGAAGAUGUAGAUGUACUACUACUCCAUGAGGGGACAGGAUCCAGAGGAAGCUAACUAUGGAUUUUUAGACCUUUGGAGAUUAAUCACCAGUUAAACUGUGUCAUUAUUAUUUCUGUUUUUAGACUUUGACAUGUAGGAUAUUUUUUGCAUUAGAAUUUAUCCACCACAGAACCAGAAC